CGCGCACACACACAUAGAAACACACACGCGCGCUCAGUGUCACUCUGCAGCUCCACACACAGUGCGCGCGCCCUCCGCUUUUACGCGUCCGACAUCUGCAGACAUCCCGACUCACAGUAUCAAGCCAUCGAUGGAGGCUGCGCUUUUAGCGAGGAAACGAGGGCUCUUUUAGUAACCGAAAUUUCCACGGACCUCCUCAACCUUAUUUUCACGUUGAACAAAAUGUGGAGCACAUGUCCGGACAUAACUGAAGCCUCCGGUUGAGAGCUGGCAAUCUUGAAGGAAACCCGCAGGCGUCUUUUCUCCCGUUUGCGCACACAGCGGUUUGUAUAUGCAAACGGUGGUUCACUUCAGCAAGUCAUGGAGGGACUCGUCUAAAGAGGACCCAACAUAGUCAUCUUUAUCCAGGUGUUUUCUGGUUGGUUUUUAUCUUCGCACCUCUUCCUGGCAAGAGCCACUUGUCUCCUUGCACGCAAUGGCAGAGAUGGCCGGACUAGGGGUCCCGAAACCUGGAGGCAGAUCUGCGUCUUCACUUCCACCCGAGCCAAUCGAGAUCAUCCGGACCAAAGCCCGUUCCAGGAGGGUCCGAAUCAACGUCGGAGGCCUCAACCAUGAGGUCCUAUGGCGUACCUUAGACCGACUUCCCAGAACCAGACUGGGCAAGCUGAGAGACUGUAACACCCAUGACUCUCUAAUGGAGGUCUGCGACGACUACUGCCUGAAUGAGAAUGAAUACUUCUUUGACAGACACCCUGGGGCAUUCACGUCCAUCUUGAAUUUUUAUCGAACUGGAAAGCUCCAUAUGAUGGAGGAAAUGUGCGCUCUGUCUUUCGGGCAAGAGCUUGAUUACUGGGGCAUUGAUGAAAUCUACCUGGAGUCGUGCUGCCAGGCUCGUUACCAUCAGAAGAAAGAGCAGAUGAACGAGGAGUUGAGGAGAGAGGCAGAGACUCUGAGAGAGAGGGAGGGAGAAGGGGAAUUUGAUAACACCUGCUGCCCAGAAAAGAGGAAAAAACUUUGGGAGCUUUUGGAGAAGCCAAGUUCUUCGGUUGCUGCUAAGAUACUGGCCAUCAUAUCCAUUCUGUUCAUCGUUCUUUCAACAGUUGCACUGUCCCUGAACACCUUGCCCGAACUCCAAGUGACAGAUGAAUUUGGUCAAGCCAAUGACAAUCCUCAACUCGCUCACGUUGAAGCCGUGUGUAUCGCAUGGUUUACAAUGGAGUAUCUCCUGCGCUUCCUGUCAUCACCAAAUAAGUGGAAAUUCUUCAAAGGGCCACUAAAUGUCAUUGACUUGUUAGCUAUAUUACCCUACUAUGUCACCAUUUUUCUAACUGAGUCAAACAAAAGUGUGCUGCAGUUCCAAAACGUGAGGCGGGUGGUGCAGAUAUUCCGCAUCAUGAGAAUAUUGAGGAUUCUGAAGUUGGCAAGACAUUCGACAGGACUACAGUCUCUAGGAUUCACCCUCAGGCGCAGCUACAAUGAGCUGGGCUUGCUCAUAUUGUUCUUAGCCAUGGGAAUUAUGAUAUUCUCAAGUUUGGUCUUCUUUGCGGAAAAGGAUGAGGAUGCAACAAAAUUUACAAGCAUCCCAGCAUCGUUUUGGUGGGCUACUAUCACCAUGACGACGGUGGGCUAUGGAGAUAUUUAUCCUCAGACUCUGCUUGGUAAAAUAGUCGGUGGACUUUGCUGCAUUGCUGGAGUGCUGGUCAUUGCCUUACCCAUCCCUAUUAUUGUGAAUAACUUCUCCGAAUUCUACAAGGAGCAGAAACGACAGGAGAAAGCCAUCAAGAGGAGAGAGGCCUUAGAACGAGCAAAGAGAAACGGCAGCAUCGUCUCAAUGAACCUGAAAGAUGCCUUUGCACGAAGUAUGGAGCUAAUGGACGUCACUGUAGAAAAAAGUGACGACAAACGUCCAACAGACAACCACCUUUCUCCGAGUCGGUGGGGAAUUCCACAGCGCACAUCCUCGGACACCAGCCUCAGAUCCUUUGACAAGAAGUUUCCUAACAGUGGGUCUCAGGAAUAUGUCCACAUGCCGAGUCCACAGCAUCUGAAUGCUCAGAAUCUGGAGGAAAUGUACAACCAAAUGACAAAGACACAGUCCUUCUCAGAUCUCAGCACAAGCAACAGCACACAGCCUGCAGUGGUUUCCAAACAUGAGGUAGAGUUGGAGAUGAAGGAAGUCCCGACAGCCGUCCAACAGCAACCCAAGGAAAGAACCAUCACGGACAUCAGAAGCAUAUCAAGUGUUGAUAGCUUUGCAAGCUGCACUGCUGAAUUUGGACAGGGUGAGAAAGCAACCACCCCUUCUCAUACAGCAGAGCAGGUUCAGCAAAGGCUACCAAAAGUUUCUCCGCAGCUUCACCUUGGCCAGCUGACACCCUCAGACCUGAGUCCUGAGGAAAUCCCUGGCAUUGUCAACAUUGACAACCAUGACACUGGCGACCUCAAUGAGUUUGUGGAGAACAUCAGAAGCUCCAUUCGUGGCACAAAUCCAAUCAAAGCAAAAGGCCUCAAAGUCAACUUCAUAGAAACGCCAGAGGACGUUCCUCUGACACCGCCAAACACUUCAUCUCCUCAAGACAUCAACAACAGUCUUCUGGAAGAUGACUCCCCAGAGGGAGAGUGCUCUCCUCUCUGUUCAGAUUCAGAGACGGUGGGUGGGAACUCAAUGGAAGGCUUGGUUCUUUCUCCGAAGAAGCUACCUGGCAGAUGCCAACCUGGGGAGACGGUGCUGCUUCUGGGGAACCUGGAGGAACAGGAGUAUCUCGAUGAACAAAACCAAAUGGAAGUGGCUUCCGCAGCCAUCUCCUCACCCAAACUAGCAGCACAGAACUGCUCGCAGAGUGUAAUCGGUGGUAACAGUGAGGAAAAGCCAGACUCUAACCAAAGUCAACAUAAGGUAGAGAACCACAUGUUCACACCAGAGAUCCAUCUAAUGCCAGGGGAUGGUAACCACUCGCCAUCUUGCAAAACCGGUAUGUGACUGUGGCCUGACGUUCGAACAGAAUGAAGUGCACUGGAGGAGAAAAGGGCAUGCAGAUGUGGUCUGAAAGAUAUUUUUGCAUGGCAUGAAGAGUCCCUUGUAAUUGUGUCAUUAUCAAUAAGCGCAAAUGAGACUGCAGUUCUUGCAGACGAGACCUGGAGGAUGCGGAUGCAAACGAAAAGCUUGUUAGAAUGUAUCUACUCAACAAUGUGGACAUUGUUGACCUACCUGUAUAUUUUACCUUUUCACUUGUUUUAUGAUUUUAUAGAGACAGUCAGAACCAUAGAGGGACAGAUCUACAGGAGCAUGCAUAUUAACAAAGCUGUUUUACGGUGCUUAGUUUGCUGAGAGCACUCCACGGUAAAUAUAAAGACUACAGCAAUGACAAUGCACAUAGCCACAGAGGGCAUAGUAGAUGUCAAAAGGGUUUCUGUUUGCCUUUUCUUUCCGUUCUAAAGAGGGAAUUUUCAUCAAAGACUGUGAAAAGUGAGCUGCAAAGUAGCGACGUAUUGAAACAUAUCAUGACUUUCUGUAGAAAUGCAAUGUGUACUUAAUGCAGAUGUGUUUUGUGUUAAGAUUUAGAAAUGGUCUAUGUCACAUAUUUAUUUGGGGGUUUUGUUUUAUUUCUUUUCCACAUUUUUGGUUUAGCACUUCAAUUAACAGCAUCAAAUCCUUUAUUUAAUGACCAGAUUGAUUGCACCACCUUUUUGGGAUUUCAGAAUUGCAGACACCUUUAGUUGCCAAAUGAGAAUAGCUAUGAAAAAGCAUACAGUAGCUGUAAAUGCAAUUUAUAUAUUGACUAUUAUAAAUCGUAAUAGCGAUACCUAGAUAAACUUAGAAAUAAAAAAAGAUUAAUGAACUGCAUAUAAGUUCAUUUACAAACACAUUGGUACCACAGGUACAGUAUGUAUGUCUUCAUUUAUAUUUACAUACUCAAAUAUACAAUAGCACUGCAAACAGUGAAAUGAGAAGAAAUCAGACUACAUAUACAUAUGGUGUUAAAGUAAAUCUAGGGUUGGGUCGAUAGACGAUGCCAUCAUCCAUUGACAAUGACCGAUAGACAUUACGAUGCUGAGCCGGCAUCGCGGUCCCCAGCUCGAGUAAAAAAUACACAGGCCCUGUUUACACUUAUAUGUCUUAGUUUUAAAAUGGCAUUUUAGAACGAAAACAAUCCACAUCCACACUGGCGUUUCAUCUAGCAUUUCUGAACAGCCCUCCAUCCACACUAUAGCGCUGAAAACGUACAUCACGUGACCACACACACACGAAUGCGAAUUAACUUUAAGCGCAGAACUGGAUUAUCGCAUUAAAGAUGUGCGAAUAAACCAGCGUUUCCAUCCAACUAGUCACUUCCUGAUUAUCUGGCACCAAAUAUCAACAGUAAAAACGGAAAUUUGCUGCCAUAAGAGAAGCUGCAUGAAUCUUUUCUUCGUUUAAUAAAUGACUUGUGCCUCAGAAUGUGCUGUGGCGUUUGAAGGUGUUAGACGUAUGCUUUCACGCUUGUACUUAGUAAUUUUAGCAAAAACCUCAGAUUUCCAAUGUGAAACAUCGUGAUGGACGAUGGCAUCGUCGUCAUAGGCG